UAACGUGACCAAGCAUUUCAGUAAUCCACCUUUGUUACUGCAGGAAGGCACUUGUCAGGGAUAAGGCAGUGAGACAUGGCUGAGAAGAAAAGCCAGAGAGACUCUAUUGGAAUGGAUGCGAAGGGAUGCCGAACAAACAAUGGGUUUGUCCAAAAUGAAGACAUCCUGGAAAAGGACCCGGAUCCAGGCAGCCCAACGGACAGGCCACAGCUCUGCUCCUUGCCUAUCCUUGACCCCCAGGAGCUCGACUUCAAGGACAUCCAGCCCUACGCCGGGAUGCCCAAGGAGGUGCUGUUCCACUUCUCAGGCCAGGCCCGGUACCGGGUGCCCCGCGAGGUCCUCUUCUGGCUCACCGUGGCUGCCGUGCUGGUGCUCACGGCGGGCACCAUAGCCAUGAUCGCCGUCUCUCCCAAGUGCCUCGACUGGUGGCAGGCAGGACCCAUGUACCAGAUCUACCCCAGAUCUUUCAAGGACAGCGACCAGGAUGGGAACGGAGAUCUUAAAGGUAUUCAAGAUAAACUGGACUAUAUCACAACUUUAAAUAUAAAAACUGUUUGGAUUACUUCAUUUUAUAAAUCAUCCCUUAAAGAUUUCCGACACGGUAUUGUAGAUUUCCGAGAAAUCGAUCCCAUUUUUGGAACAAUGAAAGAUUUUGAGAAUCUGGUUGCAGCCAUACAUGAUAGAGGUUUAAAAUUAAUCAUCGAUUUCAUACCAAACCACACCAGUGAUAAACAUGCUUGGUUUCAAUGGAGUCGUACCCGGACAGGGAAAUAUGCUGAUUAUUAUAUCUGGCACAACUGUUCCCAUGAAAAUGGCAUAACCACACCACCCAACAACUGGCUAAGUGUAUAUGGAAAUUCCAGUUGGCACUUUGACGAUGUACGAAACCAAUGUUAUUUUCACCAGUUUACAAAAGAGCAACCUGAUUUAAAUUUCCGCAAUCCUGAUGUUCAAGAAGAAAUAAAAGAAAUUAUACAGUUCUGGCUCUCAAAGGGUGUCGAUGGCUUCAGUUUCGAGGCUGUUAAGUUUCUUCUAGAAGCAAAACAUCUGAGAGAUGAGAUCCAAGUGAAUAAGACCCAAGUCCCGGACACAGUCACACACUACGCAGAGCUGUACCAUGACUUCACCACCACGCAGGUGGGAAUGCACGACAUUGUCCGGAGCUUCCGGCAGACAAUGGACCAACACAGCAGGGAGCCUGGGAGAUACAGGUUCAUGGGCACCGAAGCCUACGGGGACAGCAUUGACAGGACCAUGAUGUACUACGGGCUGCCUUUUAUCCAAGAAGCAGAUUUUCCCUUCAACGAUUACCUCACAAGGCUGGACAGUCCUUCUGGUAACAGUGUGUUUGAGGUGGUCACAUCCUGGAUGAAACAUCUACCAGAAGGAAAAUGGCCUAAUUGGAUGAUCGGUGGACCGGACAAUGCCCGGCUGACUUCUCGUCUGGGGAAAGAAUAUGUUAACAUCAUGAACAUGCUCGUGUUCACGCUUCCUGGAACUCCCAUCACUUACUAUGGGGAAGAAAUAGGAAUGGGAAACAUUUUAGCCACAAAUCUCAACGAAAGCUAUAAUGUCGAUACCCUUCUCUCAAAGUCACCAAUGCAGUGGGACAAUAGCUCAAAUGCUGGUUUUUCUGAAGGCAAUCACACCUGGUUACCUACCAGUACAGAUUACUAUACUGUAAAUGUUGCUGUCCAAAAGGCUCAGCCCAGAUCAGCAUUAACGUUAUAUCAAGAAUUAAGUUUGCUGCAUGCCAAUGAGCUGCUCCUCAGCAGGGGCUGGUUUUGCUAUUUGAGGACAGACAGCCACUUUGUCGUGUACACAAGAGAAAUGAAUGGCAUAGACAGAGUCUUCCUCGUGGUUCUGAACUUUGGAGAAUCAUCACUGCUAAAUCUAAAGGAAAUUAUUUCAGAUAUUCCCACAAAAGUGAAAAUAAGGUUAAGUACCAAUUCCGCCAAGAAAGGAAGUGAAGUUGAUACACAAGCCAUUGCACUGGGCAAGGGAGAAGGACUCAUCUUUGAAUACAACACAAAGACUUUCCUGCAUCAGCAAGCAGAUGGAAGAGACAGAUGUUUUGUUUCCAGUCGGGCGUGCUACUCCAGUGUGUUAAACAUCCUGCACAGCCUGUGUUAGACAUCUCUGCAGAAAAGGUGAAGACACUGGCUUUGCGUUCUACUUUCAGCGUUUGCGGUAACUUCAUGUACAGCAAACUGCUGGGUAAACUUUACAGUCAUUAAUUCUUAGGUAUUUCUGCAGCUUGAAUGUAACUGCUUUAGGAAAGGUUCUCAAAUGUUUUUUAAAGAAUAAUGUUUAAAAUAAAAUGAUCACAUGCAGGAA